UGCAAGAGGAGACAGAGAGGGCAGCUCUCGGUCAGCGUCGCCCGUGAGCCAAACAGGAUCGGCGCAAGCGCCAUCUUCAUCCUAUUUAUAGCGGGAGCAGCGGGCUGGAAGCCCGGCCACGACAACAGGGGAACAGGCGCCGGGCUGCCCCUGCACAGCCCUCGCCUCCCCGCCGCGCUCUGCCCUGCGCUGAGCCAGCCCAGCUGCAGCUGCACGUCCUGACUGCGCGAUCCUGAGAUGGCAGAAGGCAAGUGCCACCCCCAGCCUGGGGACCUGAUCGAGAUCGACCGGACAGGUUACCAGCACUGGGCCCUGUACGUGGGGGAUGGAUAUGUCAUCAACGUCACACCUGUAGAUGAAGGAGCCCCAUCUCUGUCAGUGAGCACCACAUCAAUAUUCACCAGAAAGGCCAAGGUGAAGAAGCAGCUCCUGAAGGUGGUGGUGGGAAAUCAUAAAUGGCGUGUCAACAACAAGUAUGACCGCUCCCGCACUCCUCGCCCUGUGGAGGAGAUCAUCCGGCGUGCUGAGCGAUGGAUUGACAGGGAGGUGCCAUAUGAUGUGCUUACCAGCAACUGUGAGCACUUUGUGACAGAGCUUCGCUACGGAGAAGGAGUCUCUGAGCAGCUGAAGAAAGUUCUUCGUUUUAACACAGGACAACACAUAAUAAUCAAACUGAAACUCCUGUCUGGAUUCCUGGAAAUGGAAUUGAAACUUCUUUCAUGGUUAAGCUAUUGAGGUGGUUAUAAAGAACUUCUGAACUUUUCUGCACUCAGGGCAUUCUCUCUGCACACCCUGACAAGAGACCACCAUGUGAGGGCAGCAUAUCGACCUCUCACAUCUCUACUUCGUCCUGGAAUACAAGAGAACUGGCAUUAUUUUAUCUGGGGAAUUGUCUUCUUGUUCUUGAAAGCUGCAACAUUUCACAGAAUGCAGAAUUUUGCAUUUGUACUGUGCUUCUCUUUCCAGUCAGGGUGAUGUUGCUCAUUAUGGGAUGCCUUUCCAUGGAGCCUGGUGGGUGCAUUGACAGGACUUGGUGGAACACUGCCCAAAACCAUAAAGUGAGAGUGUGAGGAGGAGCAGCAAAAUCCAUUGCUUGCUACAUUCUGCACUUCUGAACCUUUCUAGGAAAUGCUGGCAUGGCAACUGUUUGAGUUGCCAUGGAGUAGAGUCAAGGCUGUUCUUUUCCCAACAGCUGAGAGAACUCUCAAUGCCUGUGCAGUGGGGCACACCCAGCACAAGCACAGUGUGUCCCUAAAAAGAAUGGCAUUGUAGGACAUUAAACAAUCUGAAUCUAGUUCA